AUGGCAACUGACAAAGAUCCCGUUGCUUAUAUCCAAUCCUUGAGGGACAACGUGCCAUCCUUGGAGAACUGGCCAGUCAUGUGGCCUGAAGAAAUAGAGAAAGUCGUCAAUGAAAUUAAAGUCAUCAUGCUCGCCGUGAGUACAUACCUGACGUCUGAUGAGGAUGUUACAGCGACGAACAAACUCUGCGAAAUCAGCGGAGAAUUAUACCAGGACCUUCAACUUGCGAAUCGAAAGUUGCAGACGAGAAAACGGCAAUUGGAAUACGGGUUGGAAGAGUUAAGUUCAACGACCAGUGCAAACAAGGCGACACUUAGUAUAGAUGUGGCGUACAUCACGUUCCACUACGACAUCAAACCUUUGGUUGUUAUAAGAGAGUUGCUUGUUGAUCUUCCCCACAACCUCGCGCCUCCCACGUACCCUCAACGUUUUCAUUCCAGUAGCAUAGAGAGCUUGGCGCCUGUGCCCAACCAAGCCAUCACUGAGAUAAGUUUGGUCUGUAUUCCUUUCUCUCGAGCUGACAAUUGCAUCAUGGUGUUCUACGGGGAGAGAUCACCACUGAGUCCCUCCUUCACGUCAAUUGCCCUGCGAAUAGCGACGGCAUUGCUCCUCUUGGAUGCCGUUGUCGAGGUAGCCUUCGCCGGGAGCUCCCUCACCUGGCUGGGCAAACUGGCCAGCGGCCACAAGGCCUUCCAUUUCACGGCCUUUGGGGGGAAGCAUCAUCUUGCUGCGAUACCGCGCAACUUCAUAGGCUACCAGCUGUAUCUCUGCAACGUCGCUUCCGUCACGGCGUUUUUCUUCGUCGGGGUCCUAGGCUUUAUUUCUCUCUGGCUUCGAAACCUGACACAGUACCGCACGGGAUGGUUUGCGAAGUUCAGUCGGUACUCUUACUAUACUUGGGUGAUAAUGGUUGGCCCUUCUCUCGUCCUUACGACUGCGGCGCUAGCCUGUGUUUUCACCGAAGCCAGCCAUGAGACGGGACACCAUAUUGACACGGCCUUGGCGAUUAAGCUCAACGGCAGCCCGUAUAAUCGAGGCACUUGGACCCCCCAGAGCUGGUUCUCUGCCGUCCUUGAACUGCAGCUACUGCGUGACAGAGAGGACAUUGUGAAACACCUCACUCUGAUGGAAGGGUGGAAAUACAAUCUCAUUGACUUGUUUGUAUUGCAGUUCUUCCAUUUUCUUAUUACGGUCGCGGACCUCAUGCGUUGGAUCCAAAAGCCAAGACACCCAGAGACUUGGAGUAGGUUCUAA